CAUCAACUCACAGUAGAUGUGGAAUAUUCCCCGAGACAGAUGGUUUCCUAAUAACGAGAGAAGAACUUUUGAAAGUGUGCGGCUCCGUGAGAAGAGAUGGAGGUCGUGGAGGUUAAACUGAUCACACAUUGUGUCUUCGUUAUCCUGCUUGCUGCCGCUGUAAGAGCUCAAGUCAACCCAGAAAUGUGUCGCUACCCUCUUGGUAUGACCGGUGGGCAGAUUCAGGACGAUGCCAUCUCUGCCUCCAGUCACUGGUCCGAGUCAACGGCUGCAAGAUUUGGCAGACUUGACUUUGACAACGGAGACGGUGAUGGGGCCUGGUGCCCUGACAUCAUGUCAGAGCCGGACGGCCUCAAAGAGUAUCUCCAGGUGGACCUGCGUUCACUGUACUUCAUCACGCUGGUGGGCACCCAAGGGCGCCACGCCGACGGAAUGGGUAAUGAAUUUGCCCAGCGGUACAUGAUCAAGUACAGCCGCGACGGCAGCAACUGGGUGGGCUGGCAUGAUAGGAAGGGAAGGCAGGUAAUUGAGGGGAACAGGAAUGCAUACGAUGUGGUGCUGAAGGAUCUGGAGCCUCCCAUCAUAGCUCGUUUUGUCCGAUUUAUGCCUGUGACAGACCACUCCAUGAUCGUGUGUAUGAGAGUGGAGCUCUACGGCUGUGAAUGGCUGGAUGGCCUGAUGUCUUACAGUAUUCCAGAUGGGCACCAAAUGAUCUACAGAGGUCUGGAUGUCUACUUCAAUGACUCUGUAUAUGAUGGAGCAUUAGCUGAAAGACUGACAAAGGGCCUCGGCCAGCUGACAGAUGGCACCUGGGGUCUAGACGACUUCCUCCACAGCCACAUCUAUAGCAUGUGGCCAGGGUACGACUACGUAGGGUGGAGCAACAAGAGCUUCCCUAAAGGUUACGUGGAGAUGAUCUUUGAGUUUGACCACGUCCGAAACUUCACUUCCAUGAAGGUUCACUGUAACAACAUGUUCAGCCGAAGGGUGAGGAUGUUCAGACAGGCCAGCUGUUACUUCCGGUCGGGCUCCGACUGGGAGGCGGACCCGGUGACUUUUAGGCCCACUGUUGACCGCCUGAGCCAAAUCGCCCGUUUUGUCACCGUGCCCCUCGGGGACCGCACAGCCAGUGCCAUUAAAUGCCGUUUCCACUUCAGUGACCUUUGGAUGCUGUUCAGCGAGGUGGCCUUCCAGUCAGGCUCAGCAGUGUACAACACAUCUCUGAGUCCUCGCAAACAUGGACACUCCACGAACACUCUACCAGGGGAUGAUCCCACUCAUAAAGUGGAUGACAGCAACACCAGGAUCCUGAUUGGCUGCCUGGUGGCUAUUAUAGCCAUCCUCUUGACUAUCAUAGUCAUCAUUUUGUGGCGGCAGGUGUGGCAAAAGAUGCUUGAGAAGGCAUCUCGUCGUAUGCUGGACGAUGAACUCACAGCUCGUCUCGCCGUCCAGACCCAGGCCUUCUCCUUCCACCACUCCUCUCUGUCCAGCGAGGGUGGCUCCACCUCCAACUCCACCUACGAGCGAAUCUUCCCCCUCUGUGCCGACUACCAGGAGCCUUCACGCCUCAUCCGGAAGCUGCCUGAGUUUGCUCAGUCCACAGAGCGCCUCGGACCAAGCUCCUCAUGCAGAGCCCUUGCAGCCGGUGGUUCAGACAGUGCCCCACACUAUGCUGAGGCAGACAUUAUCAGCCUGCAGGAGUCUUCAGACAGCGGCACCUGCUCCAUCACCGCCGUCAACAUGAAUCUCUUUGCUGGCACAGAUUCAUCCAUGAGAGAGUUCCCCAGACACAAGCUCACCUUCAAGGAGAAGCUGGGAGAGGGCCAGUUUGGAGAAGUGCACUUGUGUGAGGCAGAGGGCAUGCAGGACUUUUUGGACGAGGAUUUGUCUAUAGAGGGAAACAAUGAGUCACCUCUGCUUGUUGCUGUUAAAACACUAAGGGAAGAUGCUAAUAAGAAUGCAAGGAAUGACUUCCUGAAGGAGAUCCGAAUCAUGUCUCGUCUGAGGGACCCCAACAUCGUCCGUCUGCUGGCGGUGUGUGUGGACACAGACCCGCUGUGCAUGAUCACUGAGUAUAUGGAAAAUGGAGACCUGAACCAGUUCCUGUGCAACCUCAGGCUCAAGGAGGCUGCUGAUGAAGACAAGACAGAACAAGAGGAGAAGGAGGAGAAGAGUAUGGUCAGCUACAGUAAACUGAUUGGCAUGGCUGUGCAGAUUGCAUCUGGUAUGAAGUACUUGUCCUCUCUCAACUUUGUCCACCGUGAUCUGGCCACCCGCAACUGCCUGGUGGGUAAGAACUACACAAUAAAGAUCGCUGAUUUUGGCAUGAGUCGAAACCUGUACAGAGGAGACUACUACAGGAUCCAGGGCCGGGCCGUCCUGCCCAUUCGCUGGAUGUCCUGGGAGAGCAUCCUCCUGGGUAAGUUCACCAUGGCCAGUGAUAUGUGGGCAUUUGGUGUGACUCUGUGGGAGAUUCUGACUCUGUGUAAGGAGCAGCCCUACUCCCAGCUCUCUGAUGAGCAGGUCAUUGAAAACACGGGCGAGUUCUUUAGAGACCAGGGAAAGCAGGUGUACCUGCCAAAGCCGCCAUGUUGUCCUGAAAGAGUCUACACUGAUCUGAUGCUGAGCUGCUGGAGGAGGAACGCCAAGCAGAGGCCGAGCUUUCAGGAGAUGCACACUCAGCUGAUGGAGAGUCUGGCUUAGCAGAUGGCACGUACAGUUUCUCUCUGCCAUGCACUGUCUCAUUUGCUGAUUUCUUUGGAAUUAAUUUGGAGUCAGAAACAACCCAUCAGAUGUUUUCCAUUUGUUUUAUGCUUGCUUGCCAUAAUGGUGCUGUAAAUAAUAGAGAAUGAGGACAGAGUACACACUUGAACGAAGCCUUUUAUUGUAGAUAUCAUGCAAACUAGCACUAUUCACUCUGUGUAUUUAUUCAUUUGUUUUUGUUUCCUAUGCUAUGUGUAUUUAUAGUGCACUCCAAGGUAAUCCUAGGUUUUGAAACGCAGUUGUGAAUUUCUUUUUGUUUCUUUUCCAUACAUGUAUCUAAUUCUAUUGCACAUUUAUAAGAGAAUGUCAGUAUACUGUAGUUGUGUGACCUGUUUUCAAUUUCAGUUUUUUGUGUUUGCUUUGUUAUUUUAAAAUUAUAUGAUAGUGACUGUUAUGGAAGAGAAUGUGUUUAUGCAGAAGCUCUCGUACAUGCUUUAUAAACGUAUUUAUGUCGCUUUGCAGAAUUAAAUUAAAUGUAUAUUGUUGAAGAGUAGCAAAAAACAAAGAUGUUUAAUAGCUGUCAAACCAA